GCAAAAGACCGGAAAAAACCCACUUUGCAGCAGCCUAAAAUCGCCCAAAAUUCUCACCGAUUUCCUUCACGAACAACCCCAGUUGAUGAACAAUCAUCAGAAGAUGUGCAUGCUGAUGCCAUUGAAACACUUUCUAUGUCGUUUUCGUGGAAUCACAGUGAAGAAAAUAGCGAUAUGGAGUCUUUGAGAUCGUUUUCUACCGAUAUACAGACUCGUGAUUAUCUGAUGAAUCGGUUUUUGCCUGCAGCCAAGUCUAUGAUUGUUGAAACCCCACAGUAUGUUGCAAAGAAGCAAGAAGCUCCGGUUCCUGAGCCUCCUAAGUAUGUUAAGAAGGUUUACAGUGGAGAACUGAGGCCUUUGUUGCUCGAAAAAUAUCCAGUGAACUCGGUUUCGCCUUAUAAUCAUGAAAACGAUAAAGAAAGCGAUGUGGUUGAGGAAGUCAAGAAGAAAUCGAGCAAAAAGGGUUUCGGGUUCUUCCUCCCACGAAUCUGCACGAAACGUUCUUCGUGUUUAUCUAAUCCAAUGCCUGGACCGAAAACAAAGAUUCAUCAAAGUCAAUCUCCGGUUGCCAAUGUCGCUCCAUCGCCUGGUCCGGUUCCACGACUUUCUCGAAGAACUUCAUACAGCGGACCCUUAACCCCAAGUAUCGAAAAGCAAGCUAUGGAUGCUGUUAUUAGGAAAAGAGCAGAGUCUCGGUCGAAAGAGGUGCACGAAACUCAGCGAAAACCAAGUCCAAUGGCUCGCUCGGGUGACUCAUUGCCGUCAUCUCCCCACCGAGGUUUGUCGCGUAGCGGUCGGAUAUCUCCAUACCGUAACGAAUCACCUCGAUCUCCGUUCCACGAUGGUGCUCGGUUUCUCGGAGUUCCAAAAGAUGUUCAAAAUCAGAUCGUUCAGCCUAAAACUUGCCCUUCACUUAACGUAAAAAGUAAUUUUUCUCCACGUUUAAUGCAUGAUAGUCCUCCAGCACAGGAGAAAACAUUGUACAUAGAUUGGAUCGGAAAACCAACAAAUUUGACACCGGAUGAUACCAAGAUCGAGCCAAAUGUCGAUCUGGAAGUUCCUGGUGUCCCCCCCUUGCCUAAAUCGCCCUCGGAAUCAUGGCUUUGGCGGAAGAUGACUCUAAGGAGUCCAUUUCCAAAGAAGCUACAACCGGCUCCGAUUGAGAAGAAUCCAAAAAUAGGUCCGAAAUGGGAGACCAUUGUGAAGACUUCUAAUGUGCAUCACGAUCACGUUCGCUAUUCCGAGGAACUGCUUAAUGUUUCCAAGUACUCGGAGAUCUCGUUUUGAUAGGAGUGUUAACUCGUGAAGAAUGUGAGGCUGUUCUGUUUUUCUGAUGGCCCCUUUGGUGAGUCGGCUUUUGCGGUUUUCGGGUAGUUUUAGAUGCUAUUUUUCGAAAAUGAAUGAAUUGGGUUGGGUUGGGAUUGGAUGAUGGUUUUUGCAUCCAUAUUUGUGAUCUUGUUAACAAUUCAUCAUCAUCAUCUUCUACUUCUAUGUAUGAUGAACACAUUGUUUUUCCUCCUGGGAAUUGGAUUUCUAAUAGACACCAUAGCCAAAUUGUUUGUGCUUUAAA